AUGGCAUCUUUUCUCACUAGCUUCAUGUCACUACUUCUUAUCACUAUAUUUUCUUGCUAUUUACCUUUCCAUAAUGCUUUACAAGUUACAUAUGAUAAUCGCGCUCUUAAAAUCAAUGGUCAAAGAAAAUUCAUCCUUUCUGGUUCAAUUCACUAUCCUCGUAGCACGGCUCAAAUGUGGCCUUCUUUGAUCAGAAAGGCCAAAGAGGGUGGUCUCAACACGAUUGAAACUUAUGUUUUCUGGAAUGCUCACGAACCUAAUUACCGUGAGUAUGAUUUUUCGGGAAAUAAAGAUUUGAUACAGUUUCUCAAGGCAGUACAAAAUGAAGGGCUUUACACCAUGCUAAGAAUAGGUCCAUACGUUUGUGCAGAAUGGAAUUAUGGAGGAUUUCCUGUGUGGUUACACAACAUGCCAAACAUAACUUUCAGAACCAACAAUGCAGUAUUCAAGAGGGAGAUGGGAAUCUUCACAAAGAAAAUUGUAGACAUGGUAAAAGGAGAGAAGCUUUUUGGUAGUCAAGGGGGAAAUAUUAUCCUUGCUCAGAUUGAAAAUGAGUAUGGGAAUAUCAUAUGGCACUAUGGAGAAGAAGGAAAGAAAUAUAUUAAUUGGUGUGCGGAUUUUGCUCUUUCUAUGAAUAUUGGAGUGCCUUGGAUCAUGUGUCAAGAGGAUGAUGCUCCAAAAACUAUGAUUAAUACCUGCAAUGGAUUUUAUUGUGAUCAAUUCUGGCCUAAGAACAAAAAUAACCCUAAGUUUUGGACUGAAAACUGGAGUGGAUGGUUUAAGAAUUGGGGUGAUGGAAAUCCUCACAGACCUGCAGAAGAUCUUGCAUUUGCAGUUGCUCGUUUUUUCCAAUAUGGUGGAUCUCUACAAAAUUACUAUAUGUAUCAUGGUGGAACAAACUUUGGAAGGACUUCAGGUGGACCAUACAUUGCCACAACAUACGACUACAAUGCUCCCCUCGAUGAAUAUGGCAAUGUGAACCAGCCAAAGUGGGGGCAUCUCAAGGAACUCCAUAACCUCUUAUACACUUUGGAGGAUGUACUUUUGUAUGGCAAUGCAACCAACACUGAUUAUGGAAGGAUGAUGUCUUCAACCGUGUAUGAGUACAAGGAGAAAAGGGUAUGUUUCUUAGGAAAUGCAAAUGACAAAGAUGACAUAUCUAUUACCUUUGAAGGCCGAAAUUACACUACUCCUGCAUGGUCUGUCACAAUUCUUCCCGACUGUAAAACUGAAGUUUAUAACACAGCUCGGGUUAAUGUUCAAACCACUCUGAUGGUGAAGAAGUUAAGUGAAAAGCCAUUGAAAUGGUCAUAUAGGCCUGAAACUGUUAUGCAUCUCAAGUAUGGUGACAAUAAACAAAGCUCAGUAUUGAUUGAUGCUCUUGAUGCCAAACAAUUGUUUGAUCAAAAAGUUGUGACAAAUGAUACUACUGAUUAUUUGUGGUACAUGACCAGUUUCAAGGUAAAUAAAAGCAGUCCAAUUAUGGGUCAGGAGACUACUCUUCAAAUUAAUACCAAAAGCCAUGUCCUCCAUGCCUUUUUAAACAACAAGCAUAUUGGUUCUGAGUGGGCUCAAGGUGGAAAGUAUCAAUUUUCAUUUGAGAGAAAUGUGAAACUCCGAGAUGACAUCAAUACAAUUUCUUUACUUAGUGAGACUGUCGGACUACCAAAUUAUGGGGAGUAUUUCGAAAAAGUAGGACAAGGAGUUAUUGGACCAGUAAAGAUAGUUGAACCAAAUGGAGAAGGGUUGGAUUUAUCAAAAAACACAUGGAUAUAUAUGGUCGGAAUACAUGGAAUUUCUAAAGGGCUUUACGAACUCGAUGACCACAACAAGCUAACAUGGCAUAAAUCUGACUUCCAAACAAACAGAAUGUUUAUUUGGUACAAGACAUUCUUUAAGACCCCAGCAGGCGAAGACGCUGUUGUCCUGGACUUGACAGGGAUGGGGAAGGGAGUUGCAUGGGUGAAUGGACACAACAUUGGUAGAUAUUGGCCAUCCUUCCUUGCCAAACCCAAUUGCCCUAAGUGCGACUACCGUGGAACCUAUGGCGGCUCAAAAUGUGUAACUAAUUGCGGACAGCCUUCGCAAAGAUGGUACCAUGUUCCACGUUCCUUCCUACGUAAAGGCAAAAACCAAUUGGUUUUGUUCGAAGAGAUGGGCGGUCGUCCUCAAGAAGUGAGUGUCCAAACUGUCGUCCCAGGAACCAUAUGUGCCAAAGUACAAGAAGGGAAAACAUUGGAACUUUCUUGCCAAGGCAAAAAGAUGUCAAAGAUUAAGUUUGCUAGUUUUGGUGAACCAAAGGGCAGUUGUGGGUCAUUUGAAAGAAGUGAUUGUGAUGCCACAAAUGCUAUGGCUGUGGUUCAAGGGGCUUGUGUGGGGAAGGAGAAGUGCACUAUUAAUGUCUCUGAGGGCUUUUUUCCAACUACAACUUGUAGCAAAGACAAAUUGAGAAGCCUUGCCAUUGAAGCUACUUGUUAG